AUGUAUAUUUUUAACCAGUCAACUCGCCAUGUUACUGGUGUUGUCAACGUAGAUUGGUUAACUGUUCUGCUCUCAUCACUUGUUGAUGGCACUACAAAACUUCUUGGAGUUCCAAGGUUUCGUAAAAAAUGGACAGAAAUGAAUCACACACCAGAAGCCAGAUCAACCCCUUUGAUAAUUGUUUCAGAUGCAAUUAAAGCAUUCAUCAAAUGUCAACUUGAGGUCAGACAUUCUCGAGAUGACUAUUUAAAGUUUCUACUUCUUGCUGCACAAAUAGCUGAACUGCAGGUUGAUGUAGCCAUUCGCAAACCUGGUGCACGGCACAGGGCACGAUGGAUGGCAAAAGCCAUCUACGCAUUAAAAAUUGAACUAUUAUUCACCGUAAAUAAAACCAUUUUUAACUUAAACAGCUCGAGAAUUACAAGGUAUUCAACGUUUGAAUCGGUUUAUCAUUUGUGUUUAUCUUCAGUCAUGGUUUUCAUGCAGGCUCACUGCUGA